UGUUUUAGUCCGCCCGUGUCCGUUUUUCGGCAUCUUUAGGUGUCUAUUGACAUUUAUGAGAGAUGUAUUAGUUUCUCUGCUAAUUUAAGGUUGGAUAGGUGAAAAAUGGCAGAAGAGUCGGCUGUCAAAGUAUGUGUUCGGGUCCGUCCGCUUAUUGAAAGGGAAAGCAGUGCAGGAUCGGAGAAUGCAGACCCGGUCCAGUAUUUUUGGAAAGCUGAUGCGAAAUCAAUUUAUCAGAUCGAUGAUGGGAAUCCCAGUAAAACCUUUAGUUUUGAUCGAGUGUUUACUGCAGAAGAAACGACCAGUCAGCUGUACCAAGCCAUUGCUAAGCCUCUUGUUGUUUCCUCUGUCCAGGGAUACAAUGGUACCAUAUUUGCUUAUGGACAGACUGCUUCUGGAAAGACUUUUACUAUGAUGGGGAGUGACCGUUUUCCUGGAGUUAUACCACAGGCUGUGGAGGAUGUCUUCCAAACCAUUAAAAGUUGUCCAAAGAAGGAGUUCCUUCUUCGGGUUUCCUACAUGGAAAUCUACAACGAGACUGUGAGUGAUCUGCUCGUUGAUAGCUGGAAGAGAAAACCUCUGGAAGUCCGAGAGACAAUAAAUAAAAACAUCUAUGUAGCGGACCUGACUGAGGAACUGGUCACAUCUCCCGCACAAGCCCUGUCCUGGAUUCGGAAAGGAGAAAAGAACCGUCACUAUGGAAAGACAAAAAUGAAUGAGAGGAGCAGUCGAUCACACACCAUCUUCCGAAUGAUCCUGGAAAGCAGAGAAAGGAGUGACCCAGCAUCUGGUGAAAAUGCUGAUGGAGCCAUUAUUGUGUCUCAUUUGAAUUUAGUCGAUCUAGCUGGAUCUGAGAGAGCAAGUCAAACAGGAGCUGAAGGCACACGCUUCAAAGAAGGUUGCAAUAUCAACCGCAGCCUGUUCACACUCGGCCAAGUGAUCAAGAAGCUGACUGAUGAAGGCCAGAAGGGCUUCACAAACUACAGGGACAGUAAGCUAACCCGAAUCCUGCAGAACUCCUUGGGCGGAAAUGCUAAAACAGUCAUCAUCUGCACCAUCACUCCAGUCACUCUGGAUGAGACCCUCAGCACUUUGCAGUUUGCCAGCACUGCAAAGAAAAUGAAGAACGACCCUCAUGUGACUGAGGUGUCCGAUGAAGGUGCCCUGCUCAAAAGGUAUCGCAAUGAAAUUGAAGACCUGAAGCGUCGACUUAACGAGGUGUCCUCAGUCACACAGACCACAGCCAAGGAGAAGAAUUCACUCUCCCAGAUGCUCCAAGAGAAGGAUCAGCUGCAGAGAGAACAAGAGGACCGGAUCAGAAACCUGACCACACUGCUCGUCACCAGCUCAAACCUGGUUCCUGCACGAAAGAUUCCAAAGCGCAGAGAAACUUGGGGAGGGAAGAUGCACGGACAUGCCCGUCGGUCUAAAUGUUACGGAGGUUUGUCUGACCACAGCUUUGCAGAUUCUUUCACUGGGAAAAGAAAAGCAGACCGCUCCUGUCUGAGUGAGCUGGGGGAAGAUGAUAAGGACUUUCUCUGGGAGAUUCCAGAUGAGCCUUCAGAUGAAAUGGACAUGAGUAAUGCUUUUGUGGGUGUCCGAAGCUUUGGAGACAGCCCCAAAGACUUUGUGUCUCCAAACCAUAUGCACGAGCUUUCAGGGAGAGUCUCCAACUUGGAGCUGCAGCUGGAUGUGGAGGCCCAGCAGAAACAAGAUGCCCUCGACAAAAUACAAACAAUACAACAGAGGGCGGAGGAGCUGGAGCUGAAGCUGCAGGUGGAGGCCGAGCAAAAACAGGAGGCGAUUGAUAAAACACAGUCAACAGAACAGAGGGUACAAGAGCUGGAGCUGGAGCUGCAGAUGGAGGCUGAACAGAAACUAAAGGCCCUGGAGCAGGUGAAGAUUUUGGGCGUCAGAUUGGCAGACAUUGGGAGUCAGAAUGAAGACCAGACCAACACUCAGAUGAAAAAAGACUUUGCCGAGACGAUCCAUCUGUGUGAAACCCUGUCUACAGAGAAGGACAUGGUGCUUGCUGAACGGGACUAUCUGAAGCAGGAGCUGGGGAAAUUCCUUGAGCAGAUCGAAAUUCUGGAGAAGGAGAAAGCAGCUCUCUCUCAGGAGCUGGAGGAGAGGAGAGAGGUGGACGAGUUCAAGGCUCUAGAGGAGGAGUUCAGGAAAGAGCACGAGAGUGAGUUGCAAAGUGACAUUGCCAACUUGAAGAAGACUGUUGAAGCCUCUGAGCUUCAGUGUCUGGAUCUGCAGAACAAACUACAAACUCUGACUGGUGAUCUGAGGAAGAAAACUGAAUUUGCAGAGGAACUUCAGAGUAUGAGCGGUAAGGACCUGGUGCAGGAGGUGGAAAAGCUGCGGCGCUCUCUGGAUGACGCUGAGGGGCUCAGCAGGGAUACAAAGAAGGAGUGGGCUGUCCUGCGCAGUGAACACAUGGCUGUGGAGGAGAUGAAUGGGGUUCUGAGUGCCAACCAUGAAAAGAUGGAAGCUGAGGUGAGAAGCCUGCGCUACGAACUGGAGACGCAGAAGACGCGCUUCAGAAAGAUGCAGAGCGAUCUCCAAAAAGAGCUGAAUGUGGCGUUCGACGAGAACACAAAGCUCACCACACUGCUGGAUGGAAAAGUACCACAAAACCUGAUCGACAACAUGGAGCUGGAGAGACGAGUGGCCCAGCUGAGCAGAGAGCUGACCGUGUCUCAGGAAGCAGAGGGAGUGCUCAAAGCUCAGCUGGAGGAGCUGGCCUCUUUCCAGACUCUUCCAGAGAAGGUGGACCAUCUGAUGAAGCAGCAGUCUGAACUGUCUGAAGAGCUGCAGAGCGUGCAAUCUGAAAAAGAGGCUCUCCUGUCCGAGCAGAGUGCUGCUGCUCGGAGCUCUGCAGAGGAGCUAGAGAAGCUGCUGUCUGCAGUCACAUCUCUCACUGCAGAGAGAGACCAGCUCCAGAGAGACCUCCAGGAGAAUGUGGACAUGGCUGCCGAGACACAAAUUCUUCUCCAGUCUAUUCAAGAGGAGAUGCAGCAGCAGAGGACUCAACAUUCAGAUCUGGUGAAACUCUCCGAGCAGAAGGAGUCUGAUUUAGGGGAACAAAUGCUGAGUCUGUCACAGGAGCUUGAGAGCGUGCAAGCUGAGAAAGAGGCUCUCCUGUCCGAGCAGAAUGCUGCUGCUCAGAGCUCUGCAGAGGAGCUGGAGAAGCUGCUGUCUGCAGUCACAUCUCUCACUGAAGAGAGAGACCAGCUCCUGAGAGACCUCCAGGAGAAUGUAGACAUGAUGAUUGAGAACCAGGAGGAGCUGAGGACAGCCCUGGAGAAGAUCCGCCAACAAAAGGAGCGGAUCAAACAGCUGCAGGCUGCAGAGACAUCCCGAAAGGAAGCUCCUCCCAACCAGCCGAGUGCACAGACUCAGGAGUUGCAGACACUCAUGAUGGAGAACCAGGAGAAGGUGAGAGUUCUCCAAGAGGAGAUCAGCUCGCUGAAGAGUCAAGAGGCAGAGAGCAGAGCGGGUGAUGGGAGUGAUGCAGAGAUCUCCCUCCAGCUGCAGGAGCUCCACAAUCAGAUUCAGAGACUGUCUGAGGAGCUUGAGAGCAUGCGAGCAGAGAGAGACGCUCUGCUGUCUGAGAGGACCCCCGACACUCAGGAAGAGAUGGAGAAGCUGCAGUGCAGAGUGACGUCUCUCAGUGAGGAGAGAGAGCAGCUGCAGGAGAUCCUGGAGGGACUGAGGCAGGAGAAGCAGCAGCUCAGAGCACAGCUGGAGGAACGGAUGGAGAUGGUUGCCCAAGCCCAAAGUGAGUUUAUACAGCCAGAAAUACUGACCUCUGAACUGCAUGAUGAGGAAGUGAUCAACCUUCAGCAAGAGAUAAAGCAACUGCAGGAUACUCUGCAGACUGUCAAUGAGCAGAAGAGCCAGCUGGAAGUUGACCUGCAGCGUAAUAUGGAAAAGGCUACAGAGACUGAGAGCCUUCUACAUUCACUACAACAACAAGUUGAAGAGCACCAUCAGAGAAACACUGACCUGGUAACACUAAGCCAAGAGCAGCAGGCUCAGCUACAACAACACGUUGAAGAAACUCAGCGCAGUCUUCAUUCUCUUCAAGAGGAGCUUCAACAGCAGAAGCAACAUCACUCUGAGCACCUGCAACUCUGUGGGCAGAAGGAAUGUGACUUGGAACAACAAAUCAAAGGUCUGACGGAGCUGGUUGAGAGUGUCCGAGCAGAAAGAGAUGCCCUGUUUGUGAAGGAGGCCAGCGGUCCGAGCUCCACAGAGGAGAUGGAGAAGCUGCAGUGCAGAGUGACGUCUCUCAGUGAGGAGAGAGAGCAGCUGCAGGAGACCCUGGAGGGACUGAGGCAGGAGAAGCAGCAGCUCAGAGCACAGCUGGAGGAACGGAUGGAGAUGAUGCAGUGUGACUUCCAGCAGCAGCUCAGCUCUGAGCCUCAGUCGCUGAAAGAAGAGCAGGAGGCUCAACAACUUCUGCAGAUCCAACAGCUGGAGGAGUAUCUGGAGAAAGCUAAGGAGGAAGGGAGCCAGUUGAAGUCUGACCUUCAAGAAAACGUAGAGCUGAUGAAGACUCUCACUGGGCAGCUGGAGAGCAUUGAAGCAGAGAGAGACGCUCUGCUCUCUGAGAAGGAAAGCAGCGGUCAGAGCUCCACGGAGGAGAUGGAGAAGCUGCAGUGCAGAGUGACGUCUCUCAGUGAGGAGAGAGAGCAGCUGCAGGAGACCCUGGAGAGACUAAGGCAGGAGAAUCAGCAGCUCAGAGCACAGCUGGAGGACCGGAUGGAGACGAUGCAGACUGAGAUGGCAAAUCUCAAUACGUCUCUACAAAUUGCGAGUGAGCAGAAGAGGAAGCUGGAAGAUGAUCUUCAGCAGAACAUGAAUACGGCUUCCACAGCACAAGAGCUCCUGAAGUCAGUCCAAGAGAAGCUGUGUGAGCAGCAGCAGAAGAACUCUGAGCUAGAGGAACUGUGUCAGGAGAAGGAACGCUCUUCAGACCAACAGAUGAAGACUCUCACUGAGCAGCUGGAGAGCAUUGAAGCAGAGAGAGACGCUCUGCUCUCUGAGAAGGAGUGCAGCGGUCAGAGCGCCACGGAGGAGAUGGAGAAGCUGCAGUGCAGAGUGACGUCUCUCAGUGAGGAGAAAGAGCAGCUGCAGGAGACCCUGGAAGGACUGAGGCAGGAGACGCAGCAGCUCAGAGCACAGCUGGAGGAUCGGAUGGAGACGAUGCAGACUGAGAUGAAGACUCUCACUGAGCAGCUGGAGAGCAUUGAAGCAGAGAGAGACGCUCUGCUCUCUGAGAAGGAAAGCAGCGGUCCAAGCUCCAUGGAGGAGAUGGAGAAGCUGCAGUGCAGAGUGACGUCUCUCAGUGAGGAGAGAGAGCAGCUGCAGGAGAUCCUGGAAGGACUGAGGAAGGAGAAGCAGCAGCUCAGAGCACAGCUGGAGGACCGGAUGGAGAUGGUCUCAGCCACCAAGGAAAAGCUGAGCGACCGGGAGCAGCUGGACUCGCAGCAGCAGGCUGAGAGAGGAGCACAAGAGACCAAGCUGCAACAAAGGCAGGUCGAGGAGGAGCUUCAAACGCACAUGGAGAAGAAAGGUGAAGCUGAAGUUGGAGCUCACACCUCACAGCAGUUGCUCAGUGACGCAAACACAAGCAUCUGUGUGCUCCGAGAGCAGCAGAGCAGUUUGGAUCAGAGCAUCAGUGGAUUGAAGGCGGAGAUGGCCUCACAGCUACAGGAGUCUGCUGAGCAGCUUCAGGAGUCUUUCGGAAAAUUCCAGCAAUUUAUCGAUGCCUGUUCCAAGUAUAACAGCACAGGCCCAGCCAAGGUCGCCUGUUCCCUGACUUCUCUGCCCAAACCACUCAUGAAGGUUUACCACUGUGUGUGUCAUCUGCAGCAGCAAACAGCCGAGUGUCUGAGCGACACUCUGGAGCACCUCAAGUCUAAAGCGCAGAGCUACAUGAAGGUGUUUGAGGAGCUGGUGAGCACCGAUCUGGCAGUUUUUAAGGAGAGGCGUGCGCUGGACGUGCUGCUGUGCAGAGGGAAGGCACAGAGUGAGGUGAAUGUCGAGGAUUUCCACUCAAUGUGGGACAACCGACUGAAGGAGCUGGUGGACAAGAGGCAGCUCUACCUGCAGAAAAUGUCCAGCAUUUUGGAGAAGCUUUGGGCCUGCAUUGCUUCUUUCCCCAGUGAGCUGUCGGUUGAUAACAGUGACAGGGAGCGCUUCAAGGAGCAGCUGCAGUCCGUGUUCUCCCAGGCAAUGAUCUUCGGCCAUCUGGAGAGCGUCCUGAGCACCGAGCUGGUAUAUUUAUCUGAGCUGGAACACAGGAGGAAGACCACUCUAAAGGGCCACAUUAAAGAGCAGGACAGUCUGCUGGGAGGUCUGAAGCUGCUGAAGGCUCAGGCUGAAGCUCAGCUGACAGAGGAGAGAAGCAAGAUCUCCAACCUGCUUGUGCUCCAGCUAAAGCAAACCGAAGACAAAGUCAAAGCUCUGCGUGAACAGAUUGAGCAGCUGCAGGAGGCUCAGGUCAAAGCCAGCAACAGGGUGUCCAACCACAAGCAGGCCACCCAGCUGCUGCAGACAGAGCUGAACGACAGCCGCGCUCACGUGGAGGAGAGGGAGCACACAAUCCAAACCCUCAGGAGCAAACUACGAGAGUCUCAGAGGAAUGCAUCACCCAGUGCCUUGGAGCUGGAGAAACUCCGAUCUGAGCUGUUCAAAAAGGAGGUGUUGUUGACGUCAGCGUCUGACAAACACAAACAAGAAAUCCAGACGAUGAACACAGUGCUGAAGGAAAAGGAAGAGUCCCUGAGGAAGCUGAAGGAGACGUUGAGGAAGUCACAGCAGCAAGGGGAGCAGUCAUUCCUGCAGGGUGAGGACCUUCAUGCCAGGCUGACCAACCCCAGAGGUCUUGUGAUCAAGACCAGCAUCCUGCUGGAGAAGACUAAACUGGAGGAAGAACUCAAACAGCUCCAACUGAAAUUGACCGAGCUGGAAAGCCUGGUGUCCAAUCAGCAGGCAGAGAUCAGCCAUUGGAAGAGCAGAGCCUUCAAGCUGAAGGGGAGGAUCAAGGCCGAGGUGGCGCAGCCUUCAUCACCCAGCACUCCCACCAAGAGGGGCUAUCCCAUGACCUCAGACUCCUCCAACUUCUUCAGCUCACCCAAGAAGUUCCUGGUUACUCCCAAGAAGGUCCUCGAUUCUCCCAGGAAGGUCCUGGAUUCUCCCAGAAAACUGCUAGACUCUCCGAAUGUCUCUGCGCUCGACUCCCCCAAAAGCAGAUUCUUUGACGUUGGCGGAAACUCUGAGCUGCUGUCCAGGAGCCGCCCAAAGCAGUUCUUUGAUAACUCCCGCCUAGGAACCAUUCCAGAGAUUUCCUUUGUUCCUGAUCCUCCAGACACAGAAAAGGAUGCAGCUUCAGGUGCAGACCAAAGGGAGGAUUGGUGGCCCAAGUCUCCAAAGCAAGAGGAAAUGUGCAAAAGCCAGUAACAUGUUCAUGUGCAAUAUUUUUAAUAUCCUUUGUUUUUAAAUGUUUCUAGAUGUUAUUGUUUUGUGUUUAUUCUAUUGUUCUAUACA